AUGGCAAGAAGAUCAAGUGCUUUAGUAAAAAAAAACUCGUACUAUAUUGAUGAAGUGUUUUUGGGUAAUUUUAUGUCGUUUUGUGGCGAGCAUAAAAUUAGCCUUAAUGCGGAAAUCAAUUGUAUUAUUGGUCCAAAUGGUUGUGGUAAAUCAAAUUUAAUGGAUGCCAUAUGUUUUGGUUUAAAUCUAGACUCUAAGCUACUUAGAAAAAUUCACAUUCCUUUAAAUCAAUUAUUAGUAGCCGAAUCUUUGGGUCAAUUUCUAUAUAACCUAGUAAUUGCUCAAGAUGGCAACCCAAACGAAGCUAUUAAAUUACGUCAAAGAGAACUAUUAAAAAGUAUUGAAGAGCAAGAAACUAGGUUAGAAUUGGCACAGCUGGAUUUUUUAACAUCAGCUCGUAAUAAAAAAAAGUUUAAUCGAUAUGUGGAACUUAAUAAAAAUAUAUCGCUGGCUCAAAAAGGGUUUUAUGCAUAUCGAUUGCUCGAAAUAAUUAGAAAAAAGCAAAAAUGCCAAGAACUUGGAAGAAUUAUUGAUCAAUUAAAUUUAGAAAAUAAUACAUUUAUUCAAUCAGAAACAGAUUUAGUUUGUACUAUUAAUAGUCAAGAACUUGAACUUCAACGAAAAAAAACAGAGUUAAAAACUAAAACUCAGGAUUUGGACAAUAUCACUAAUAAGACAAAAGAACUUAAAGAACUAGAACUAACAGAAUCGUAUGAACUGUUGGAUUAUGAAAAUAAACUUAAAUCAAUAGAGAACAAAGAACAAGACUAUGAAUUCGUUUUAAAAAUUAUCGAAUCUGAAGAAAGUUUAAUACAAUCAAAAUGUUCGGACGUAUCUUUUCGAAAAAUUUUGGAAGAAUUGCAAAUCAAAUUUUUGGUGAAGCCCAACCUAGCAACAGAAGAAUCUAGAAUCAAUGACUUAGAAAAUGAUAGACUCAAAUUAGAAAUGCAAAUAGAACAGUUCGUUCACGAAGAACAAGAACUUAGUGAAAAUGUCAAGGUUUUCAAAGAAAAUAUAACAUUAGCAUUGAACAGUUUAGUGACGCAACUUAAAAAAUAUAUUUAUGGUUCGCUCAAAAACGAAGCAUCAGAAUUAGAAAUAUUAUGUUCCAACUUAAAUUUAACGUGUGAAGAAAUUGACAUAGCACAAAUGGCCGCGGUCGUAAUCGAAAUAAAAAAGCUAGUUACCGGCAAAAAAGAAGAUCUAGAUAAAUAUAUAUCUUGUAUCAAUGAGAAAAUCAUAUUACAACGUGAGAAAAUAGCACUUAUUACUCAUUCUGAAAAAAAAACAUCGAAUGCUGAAAUAUGUCACAAACUACAAGAAAAUAUGGCAGGUGAAGUUUUGGGCCUGUUUUCUGAAUUGUUACAGCUAAAAGAGAAGAAAUUACAAGAUCUUUUCCCACUACUUUAUAAAAUUUCAGGCGAAAUGCUUGUAGUUUCAAGUUUUCCGGCAUAA